GUUGAAUCACAAAUACCCCAUACGUGUUAGCAGAUACCAUCCCCACCACCACCAUGUCCAGCAUUGUCAACAAGCUCAAGGGUGCUAAGCCACUGGCACAAGGCUCCAAAUUGCCAACAGUAGCACUGAAGGAGAAAGAUCCCGAGAAAGCCACUGUCGAAUUGGCCACUCUCGGUGGCAAGAUCAUCGUCGUCGGUGUGCCAGGCGCAUUCACUCCACCCUGUUCGUCGCAAGUCCCGGGCUACGUCGAGAAGGCAGAGCAAUUCGCCGCAAAAGGCGUUACGGGGAUUUACAUUGUCGCGGUCAACGACGCCUUCACCACACAAGCAUGGGCCGAGAAGAAUGGUUGGAACAACCCUCUGGUGCAUAUCCUGGCUGACGACAAGGGCGACUUCACCCGCGCUGCUGGCCUUGAUUUCGAUGCAUCUGGCCUCCUCGGCAACCACCGAUCACAGCGGUAUGCCGCUAUUGUCGAAGCCGGCGCCGUGAGGAGCAUCUUUGUGGAAGACGAGGCGCCUUCGGUCACUGUGACUGCUGCGGAGAAUGUUCUGCAAGCUGUCUAGCUGUCUGAAUAAUGCGAGUAUUCAGCGCUGUGAGAGAGGAAGGUCCGGAGGCGACGGCGGUGAUGGAGCUGGAUAGACAGCUACAUUAUUACCUUCCUACCUUACCUAGGUACCUACAUAGUCACAGGACAACAAGAUUGGUUUGGC